AUGAAGGAGUUUGCCUUACAGUUUUCCCAUACAGGGAGACCUCCAAAUGGAGUCACCUGGGCCAGAGUCCUUUACUGCAACAGCUUUCAGAGAUUACAGUGUACUGGUUGUACCCCAAACUGGAUGUGGGGAGGACAGCUUUCUCCUGUGAGGCCUGCCAGGACAUCUUCUGGAUACCACAGAGAGUUCUCUCCUCAGCCUGCCUGCAUUGACUUGGGGAUGAUGUGGGCCCAUGCACUGUGGACACUCCUCCUACUCUGCAAAUUCAGCCUGGCAGUUUUGCCAGCUAAGCCUGAGAACAUUUCCUGUGUCUUCUACUAUGAAGAGAAUUUUACUUGCACCUGGAGUCCAGAGAAAGAAGCCAGUUAUACAUGGUACAAAGUAAAGAGAACUUACUCUUAUGGAUAUAAAAGUGAUAUUUGUCCAAGUGAUAAUUCUACAAGAGGAAAUCAUACUUUGUGCUCCUUUCUUCCUCCAACAAUAACAAACCCAGAUAAUUACACCAUUCAAGUGGAAGCUCAAAAUGCAGAUGGUAUAAUUAAAUCUGAUAUAACACAUUGGAGCUUAGAUGCUAUAACGAAAAUUGAACCACCUGAGAUUUUCAGUGUGAAACCAGUUUUGGGCGUCAAACGAAUGGUUCAAAUAAAAUGGAUACGGCCUGUGUUGGCUCCUGUUUCGUCUACUUUAAAAUACACACUUCGAUUCAAAACAGUAAAUAGUGCCUACUGGAUGGAAGUCAACUUCACCAAAGAAGAUAUUGAUAGAGAUGAAACCUACAACCUCACAGGACUGCAGGCCUUUACAGAGUAUGUUAUAGCUCUGCGAUGUGCCACUAAGGAGUCCAUGUUCUGGAGUGGUUGGAGCCAAGAAAAAAUGGGAACAACUGAGGAAGAAGCUCCACAUGGCUUGGAUCUGUGGAGAGUCCUGAGACCCGCCACAGUAGAUGGAAGAAGGCUAGUGCAGUUGAUGUGGAAGAAGGCAAGUGGAGCCCCAGUCCUGGAGAAGGCACUUGGCUACAACAUAUGGUACUUUCCAGAAAACAGUACUAACCUCACAAAGACAUUGAACACCACUAACGAGAAGCUUGAACUGUAUCUGGGAGGCAAGACCUAUUGGGUUUGUGUGGUUUCUUAUAAUUCUCUUGGGGAAUCUCCGGUGGCCACCCUGAGGAUUCCAGCUAUUGAUGAAAAGUCAUUUCAGUGCAUUGAGGCCAUGCAGGCCUGCCUCACUCAGGACCAGCUGGUGGUGGAGUGGCGAAGCUCUGCUCCAGAGGUAGACACAUGGAUGGUUGAGUGGUUUCCAGAUUUGGACUCAGAGCCCUCCACUUUUUCCUGGGAAUCUGUGUCUCAGGCUACAAACUGGACAAUUAAGCAAGAUGAAUUAAAACCUUUCUGGUGCUAUAACAUCUCUGUGUAUCCAGUGUUGCAAGAUCGAGUGGGCAAACCAUUUUCCAUCCAGGCUUAUGUCAGAGAAGGCAUUCCGUCAGCAGGUCCUGUGACCCAGGCGGACAACAUUGGUGUGAAGACAGUCACAAUCACAUGGAAAGAGAUUCCCAAGAGUCAAAGAAAUGGUUUCAUCACCAACUACACCAUAUUUUACCAAGCUGAAGAUGGAAAAGAAUUCUCCAAGACAGUUAACUCCAACAUCCUGCAGUACGAUCUGGAGUCCCUAACACGAAAGACCUCUUAUAGUCUUCAAGUCAUGGCCAGCACCAAUGCUGGGGGGAUCAACGGCACCACAAUAAACUUCAAGACAUUGUCAAUUAGUAUCCUUGAGAUUUUCCUUAUAACUUCUCUGGUUGGAGGUGGCCUUCUUAUUCUCAUCAUCUUGUCAGUGGCAUAUGGUCUCAAAAAGCCCAACAGAUUGAAGCACCUCUGUUGGCCCGAUGUCCCCAACCCUGCUGAAAGCAGCAUAGCCACAUGGCGUGGAGAUGAUUUCAAGGAUAAGAUAAAUUUGAAGGAAUCUGAUGACCCUGUGAAUAUGGAAGAAGACAGAGUUCUAAAACCAUAUUCUUCCCCCAGAGACCUUAUUGACAAGUUGGUGGUGAACUUUGAGAAUUUUCUGGAAGACGUUUCCACAGAGGAACUUGGAAAGGGUCAGGAAAACAUUUUGAGAGAAGAAAAAAAUGAAUAUGUGACUUCUCCAUAUCGGCCUUACUGUCCUCCCAUUUCAACUGAGAUUCCACAGAGAAAAUCCCAACAACUGUGUUCUAGAAUACCAGAGGGGAUCUGCUUAGAAACCACAGAGCAGCUUCUUUCUUCUGUUCUGAAUUUAGGGCCAGACCGUAUCUGUGAAGAAGGAGAACCUAAUCCAUACUUGAAAAAUUCAGUGACAACCAGAGAAUUUCUCACGUCUGAAAAACGUCCAGAGCAAACCAAAAGGGAAGUCUAAUUGUUACUGUGACUUGAAUCUCUCUGGGUUGUAGUGUGGGCAACUCUUAUAGACAGAAUGUAUUAGGACUUCGCCAGAAGAGCUUCCUUGGCUGUCUCCCCAUCCUUGCUUUGUGUUAGAGAAAUUGUCACACAUCCCUGAGUGGCUUGUUGAACUUGGUUGGCACAGAUGUGUAACUUGCCUGAGAAGAAGGGAUAGUGGUAUGUCUGAGCAUUUUGCAGAGGAAAAGUGUUUAUUUUCUUUUGUUCAGGUAACAAGCUCUCACUGAGGUCUCUGACAUAAUGAUUUUAAGGGACAAUGGAGCCCCUAAGGUGGAUAUAUCUUGCCUUCCCUAGGAAUUAGGUCUUUGCCACAACUUUUGCUCGAGCUUCUCCUCAGAGAUCCAGCAGACUUUCCCCAUUGCCAGAGGACAGUGGUCUGGUAGGAGGUGGGAAUCUCUCCCUUUACAUUGAUUUCCCUUGGGUUCUGGGUUCUACCUCCAAGGAAGCCCUGAGAUCUCACUUAUGAGAUUUUGUUUCUCCCUCAGUAUAGGGGCAAGGGAGGUAGAGUGGCCUUCCUGAUGGUGUGCUUCUCAUUAACCUCAUAAAAUCUCAAGUGUCUGCAGCAACACCUCCACCCAGGACUCUUGCCCCUAGUUCACAGCACAUUGGCCUCUAGUAAAUUGAUCUCAGCAGGGCACUAGGGAGUGGACUCCAGCCUGGGCCAGCAGGUCUGCCCCAAUCUUCAGGUCAUUGCCCAGCUCUGAAAAGCUCCCAGAGGCCUUUGCUGGCCCUUUAUCUUGCACUCAAACCUGGGAGUAGAAAGGCACCAAAUACUGCACUGCUUUUGUACAGGAUCUCUGGCCCCUUAUGCUAGCUCACAGCCUAGGAAUGCUUACAAAGCUUCCUUCAAAGGCCUCUUUCCUGAAGGACCUGAGCAGGGUGUGGAAACAUGCUACUGUAACUUUGCUGCCCCGACCCAGGACUCCUUUUCCUUCACCUUGGCCAUGCACAGAGCUUAUGACACGUCAGGGGAGCCUUUAGCCCAAGUGCUAAUGGCAGGAUUAGCUAAUGGCAGGAUUCAGUUGCUGAGAAUUGGGGACUAAUGGCUGGCCCUGGGCUGGCACCUCAACCGCAGUGAUGGCAGAUGAUUUCCUAAUAUGUGGCUUUGACUCAUCUGGCUAUUAGGGGAGGUCUCUGACAACCUGGUGAGAUCUGGGAAGGCCAGGCAAUGAGUGAGCAGCCAAGGUGCCUUGAACGUAGCAUUUGCCAGCCAGAAAGGCUCAUGUCCGUUUUUAUAGGAGAAUUUGAGAAGUCAGUACUUGAGUAGCAGGCAUGAACUUCACAAGCCAACAAUUCA